UUAUACAGAAAGAAGUACUCAUUUCUCUUUCAAAAAUUGUUCUAAAAAUCCACUGAUGGCAACAACUAGUGAGCUUUAUAAUCUUAGUCAUGAGCUUGUUCAUGUUAGUCAUGAUCAUCCACUCAUACUCAUCGAUGAUUUCGACAGUAGUCGCGUUGCAGCACGACUCGUGUGCUGUAUAUGCGAAAGUCCGAUAAUAGGACUCUCUCCUGCAUACACAUGCUCUCUGGAGCAUUCUCCUUGUUCUUUUUUCCUGCACAAAACAUGUGCGGAAUCAUCACCCGCACGUAUCAUACACCAUAUGCAUCCACAACACCGGCUUGAGCUCUGUAAUUAUUAUGAUUUCUGGAGAAUAAUUAAGGAGACUCUUCGUUUUAAAAAAGCGGAUGUGGAUUGUGCAGCUUGUACCCGCCAGAUCCAUCGAGGCAUGUGGGCUUACAAUUGUAAAUUAUGUGAGUUGGAUUGGAAAGCAUAUGAAUCUGCAACAAUUCCAUUUGCAUUGUGCCCAAGAUGUGUUGUGAUGGAGUCGGUGCUGGAUCACGAGGGACACCAGCACCACUCACUAACAUUACUGCGCAGGACAGCGUGUUUCUCGUGUGAUGCUUGUGGGAUUAAAGCUGAAGAAUUUGGUUGUUAUAUAUGUUAUGACUGUCAUUUCUGGAUCCACAGCAGCUGUGCUGCAUACCCUCGCACCAUCAAACUCCGAAUUCAUGAGGACGAUACAUUGCAGCUCAUUUAUUCUAUUCCAGAGAUGUACAGGAGAUUUAUUAGGCAUUGCCCCAUCUGCAGACAAGGAGUCGAGCAAAAGUACUGGGCCUAUUUCUGUGAGGAAUCCGGAUAUUUUGUUCACAUCAAGUGUGCUGCUGCUUUAUUAGCGUCAGGGAAAAACGUGAUUGAAACCGAAGAAGAUGAUGAUGAGCAAACAUAUUCUGAUCUGUUGCAAUUUCCACUCCCAAGAACAGAGUCACUGGUGGAGACUUUAAUAGCAGUGCACCGAUCAGGCAACCUGACUCCUCAAAGGAACGCAAUAGAAGAUGAAAUUGAUAAUGGCGAGGAGAGUCCAGUAAUCAAGCACUGGAGUCAUCCAAAGCAUAAGUUGUUUCUUUUGGAAGAACUUGAAAAUGCUCAUCAUAACAGUGAUGAUGAUGAGAUGUUGGUGUGUGAUGGAUGUGCCCAACCAAUUUCAACAGCUUCGAAUAAACGUUACUAUGGUUGCAUCGGAUGCAAUUAUUUCCUGCACACUGCUUGUGCCAAUCACUUGCCAUUGCAGUCCCAUCCAGGAAAUUGUCCAGCUGAUCCUUAUCACAUAUUAAAGCUUCAUCAUUACAGCUGCUACCCAUGGGCUAACUGCUGUGGAUGCGAUGCACGUACCAAUGGAUUCACAUACAGCUGCUCCCCAUGUGGCGGGAUUAGUAUUUGCAUUUCCUGUAGUCUAACACCUCACAAAAUUAAACAUGAGUAUCACAAGCACCCCUUAGUUCAGCGUCACGUUACAUCGAAUACAUGCAACGCUUGUUUACAGGAUAUAGAUUACGGGUUUGAAUACGGAUGUGAAAGUUGCAGUGACAUCCAGAUUCAUCUAAGUUGCGCUGUGUCAUUCCCGAAAACAAUAUAUCACAGAUGGGAUUCUCAUUCUAUAUCCUUGAUAUAUCCUCCCAUAUAUUACAAGGGCUUAAGAUACUGUGAGAAAUGCGAGCUGGAAGUGAAUCCAGAAGCUUGGCUGUAUCGUUGUAGCGAAUGUGAUCAAUGUUUUCAUCCCUUAUGCAUUCGACAACCUCAUCUGAAGCUCGGUCAUACGAUAGAUCCAUCAAUUACUCAUACAUUUCACCCGCACCCCUUGACGUUAAAGAUAAUAUACAAAAACAGGUAUCCUCAACGUCUACAUAGAUCUUUGUCCUGUAGAGAAACAAAUUGUCUAGGAAACUUGCUUUAUGAACCUCAACAACUAGUCUUAGAAUGUGCUGGUUGUAAUUAUAUAAUGUGUCUAUAUUGUUCCUCCCAGCAAAUCAAGUCUUGAGCCUUGAGUCAUGGAAUCAGAUGGAGUACGGAGAAUGUUCCAACUUUCAGUUGUUGAUUUCUUUGUGCAUGUUUACAAGUUCUUUGACUUUAUUAUUAAUCCGGAAUAU